AUGGAAGGAGUUGUGAAUGGUCCAGUUCCUGAUGGGUUCAUGGCAGACUCUCAAAAUCGUCUCAAAUCGUUUCGCUUUGACGAAAAAAAUAAUGAGCUGUAUGUAUUGGACCAGUUACUUCUGCCGCAUAAGACUGAAUUUGUCCCAGUGAAAAACACGGAGGAUGCUUUUGCAGUCAUCCGAAGCAUGCAGGUUCGCGGAGCGCCACUGAUUGCUGUGGUAGGCGCACUGGGCCUACUGGUGGAUCUGUCCAGUCGAGAGUUUGCGGACCCUCAGGAUUUUGUUGAGUACAUUAAGGCUAAGGCGCAAUAUCUCAUUGAUUCGCGCCCAACUGCCAUAAAUCUUCGGAACGCGAUGGACCAAAUCCUAAAAGCAUGUAUGGUUGAAGGUGAUGAGGAGACCAAGAAACGGAGUGUUACCGAUACCAUCCUAAAGUUUUUGCAUGACGAAACUGAGGAGAAUCGAAAGCUUGUAUGGAACGGUUUUCAAGAGAUAGUUAGCCUCAAACCGGCUGGCUCCAAAUUUGUGCUGAUGACCAUAUGCAACACAGGAGCACUUGCUACUUCUUCAUGGGGAACAGCCCUCGGAGUAAUUUUUGCUCUUCACCAAGCAGGCCUUGUUGAAAUGGUUUACGCCUUGGAAACACGGCCAUACAAUCAGGGCAUGCGUCUUACUGCUAGCGAACUUCGCCAGGCUAACAUACCCUUCAUGGUUAUCACUGACAGCAUGGCAGCCUGGACUAUGAAGACACACAAGAUCGACGCUGUGCUUACUGGAGCCGACCAAGUAGCUCUCAACGGAGACACGGCGAAUAAGAUUGGUACUUACAUGCUGGCUGUGCUUGCGAAACAUCACAAUAUUCCAUUCUAUCCUGUGGUGCCGGUCACAACAAUAAAUACGUCAAGAAAAUCUGGCGAUACUAUUCCAAUCGAGGAGAGACCUCCUAAAGAGAUGCUGUCCGUAAAUGGAGUUGCUAUCGCCACGCAGGAUACACCAGUAUGGAAUCCAGCUUUUGAUAUAACACCUGCAACCUUGAUUACGAAGAUUAUUACAGACAGAGGAAACUUCACUCCUGCAGAAAUAAUGCAAAAUUUUUGUUAAUUAAUAUCUACACAUCUUAAUCAACGUUGUUGUCACAGUGCCUUGUGAUACAUAUAUCGUUUGUAUUCCUUGACUAUUCACGUUUGUUUUUGAGAACUUGUAGUAUAAAACUACUUAUGUCGGAACAGCCCAGCAUUGUAGUAAGCAUGAAAUCAUUCUUUUUAUUUCUAGCCAGGAAAAAUAUAGCCCU